AUGAUCUCCCUCACCCCACAGGAAGAUCACAACCUCAAAAACCAGCUACUAUACCUCCAAUUACAGGAUGAAUUCAACCACCUCUGGCACGACCACACCCAGUUCCUCUCCAAUUUACAGUACCCCUUCAGCACCCUGGAAGCCGCCGACUUCGAAGACAUCGUGUUGGACACCAAGAAUGACACUUAUCCAUUGAUCAAGUUCAUUUUCAUGAACUUCCUCAAAACAUUUCCGUAUCUACAGGGUCUUGACUCCAAAAUUGAUUUCAAAAAGCUGGAACACAAACUCAUGAAACCGCAUGUCAACAACCAUGAAUCAGACCAACUCGACUUACAAAUCGAACGGUACAUGUCCCAAUUCGACCAUACCAAUAAUAACAAAUACUUGAAGUACAAACUAAUGCCGUUCUAUAACUACAUCUUAUCCAAGAACUUGAGCAAUUCCACCGAUCGUUUCGAAUUGACGAAGCGAAGAAAGUUAAGCUUGAAGAUCUUUAGAGUGUUGGUACUUUUCUUCAGUAGUUCAUUGAGUACCAUCAAAGAACAUGAAUAUUAUGAUGUGAACCCAAGCACCACUAACAAGGAUAAUAAUAAUAAUAAUAAUAAUAGUAAUACAACUGGUAAUCAAUUGAAUCAAUCAAUUUCCAAGAAUUUAGAAAACUAUAUUAAUGAUUUGGAAAAUGAUGAUCCAGAAGAUGACAAUACCGCUUCAUUAUUAAAGCUCACCAAAAAAGAUAUCAUGAACCAGAUUCAUAAUCCGCGAUUCAUUAACAACUAUGCCAUAAAUAUUAUUGGUGUUUCUGCUCAUGUCCCCGCCACUACUACUACUACUACUACUACCACCACUACCACCCACACAAACAACAGAACUUUUGGAACUAAGAUUGGUCUAGGGUUUCUUAAUGUCACCGGGCCCAACGAUGCUUUCCCAAAUAAACAUUCCAAAGUCUAUGAGUUUAUCAUUUCUGUCAAAUACAAAAUGAGCCUAGCCACCAAGGAUAAGCAGACAGAUUCUUCAGAUGACGAGAUUCUUCGAGAAUAUUUAGUCUUACGCUCGUACGAAGCAUUUAAAAUCCUCGCUUCUAAACUUAAAAAGACAUAUCCUAAUCUCAGUUUACCAAAGUUGCCUCAGAAAUUUAAACACGGAACAUUAAUUGGAAACGUGUUUAGCAAUGACCAUCACAAACAACAGGAAACAAACGAAGAUGAUGAGGAUGUGUACGACGAAACCGUGGUGCGAAAUAAUAAUACCACUAGUGGGAUGUCCCAGUCAAUCGAUAUCGAAGAAUUCUUCAACCAAGAGAAUGAGUCAACUUUCAAUAGUCGUGAAGCCGAAGAUUUGUUGACAUAUAUUUUGACAAAACACGCCCCGUCAACUAAAAAAAGUUCAAAGAUGGGAAAAUUGAAACAUAUGAAAUCAUCACCUUCAUUGAACCUGCGUGGUGGUGUAUUAAAUGCCGAAAGUCCCGAUGGUAUAAAGCAUAAGUUUAGCAAAUUGUCAUUGAAGAAUUCAGCGGCUGGCACUCCAAGAACUCCCAGUUUUGAUAAUGAUUCCUAUUGUGAUGCGCUGUCUACAAACUCUGGGAUAGAAAGAUCUUCAUCUACCGCCACCAAUGAUCCAACCACUUACUCCUUGCCUCGUGAAAAACUUAGAGUGUUGUUGAACAACUACUUAUCUGCACUUUUGCAAAUACCCAGAAUUGCCAACUGUAUUGAAAUGAAGGAGUUUUUAUUUGAAAGCUCUAAGAAUUACCAUGAUUUAACCGAUGAAGAAAAGAAGGACAUUGAAAUGAGAGAAUAUGUGAGCUAUUUGACUAUCAAGAAUCAAUUAAUUUUCCAAAAAAAAAUAUUUUUAAUUAAUUUAAAAUUGAAAAAUGAAUUAGUACAAUUCAAGAACCUAUUAUUACACUCUGAUGACCAGGUCUAUUUAGAAAAAAAUUUCUCCCCGCAAACUUUACAACAGUAUUCGUUAUAUUUGAACUCUGGGGAUUCAAAAUCAACGAUGUUUCGCAUGCUCGUGGAAUUCAAGCUUAACAAAAACAUCCAAGGAUUAUCACCGAUCAUGAAGACUUUGAUCAAAUGGACCAAACUUAAACUAUCAUCAUUGGUAUAUGAUUUAUUUUUCACCACCAACGAUCUAGAUGGGUCAGUUGGCGGGUCAACGGAGAAAUUCAGCGAUGCGGUUACUUAUGAACUAUUCAACCAGGUCAAAAAAUUCCAUUCUUUAUUUCCUUAUGCUAUUGUUCAACAAAUCCUCAAAUUGACCAAUCCGAUGGCAAUGAUUAGACGGUUGCUUGAAUUUUUCCUCUAUCAACCACGGAACUUGGGAAUCAGUGCCCCGACAAAAUGGUUUUCCUGGAAGUCCAACGAUAAUGAUAAUACUCAAAAUAAGGAUGCCCAUAGAUCGUUCAUUCAAGUGUUGUUCCAUAGUGUGCUAACCUCGGAUAUCAAUGACUUAAACAACAAGGUGAAAUUAUUAGAGCAAAAGUUGCUCAAGCAGGACCAAGGAUAUUCGGUGAUCUUUGAUACCAUCAACGAAUUCUUGAAAUUGAAUGAGUAUAACGAUGAAUUGAAAAAACUGAUCAUUGAAAAGUUCAGACUGAAUGAAAAUGACAAUGAUUUGAUUCUAUUAGUGGUAUUUAAUGAAAAAUUGAAUGGUGAGGUUACGAAAGUGAUGCAUUUAAAACCGGUGAUCUAUGAAAGUUACCAAGCCUCGAAAAAACUUGAUACUUUGAAAUCAAGAAAAAUGAAAAAUGAGACCAACCUGCAACAACUCAUGGAAGAGCUCACUACACAAGCGAAAUUAUACCUAGAUUUAAAGAAAUUAUUUCAAUUAAUGAACCGAAAGAAUGAUAAGAUGGUGAUGGACGAACUUUGGUCCGAAUCGUACCUCAACAAUUUCCUCAAAGAUUUUAUUAUAGUGUUUUUCGAGCCGUUGGUGAGCAUUUUUUCCAAAAACCCAUCGUUCAAGAGGAUUGUAAGGGUGUUCCAAAGCUUUGUCGAUGAUAUUAUCAAUUUAGUGGAACAACUUUACGACGUGGUGUACAUGUUGACCUCGAACGAAAUUAUCUUGAGCAUCUAUUUGGUAUUCACGAAAUACCAAGAUUUCUUCAUUGAGUUCCUUCAUGAGAGUUACGUCAAUGACACCGAAGGGUUUUUCGAAUCGAUUGGCUCGUGGGCCGGGAAUAUUGUGAAUUUACUCAGGUAUUUCAAGAACGAAUCCCUAGAAGAUGGGAAGUUCGAUAUGGAGAAAUUGGUGAACCAAGUUUCCGUCAUUAACGAAACAGAAUUGAAAGCAGAGUUGGCAUCGAUCAUCAAGGAAAAAACCGAGCAAGUAUUGAAACAACUGAUGCAACUGAAUCUUAAAAUGAAAAAGGAUAAAAAAUCCAACAAUAAAAACGAUUUUAUCAAAGAGAAUUGGGACCGGUUGGACCAAGUGGCGUUGAUGGACGUUUCUGAUUUGGGGCUCAUUGAUCAUAGAGAUUUGCAAGAAUUCGAUGCGGACUUACAGCAGCUCGAGAGGGUGAAUUCCAACGACUCUAAAGAGGUUGAUAUAUUCUUGAAAGCCGAUGAAGAAAAAGAGCGGAAGGGCCACCAGGGGGAAAUCAAAAAAUUGGGACCCCAAUUCAAAGUUGAGUUGUUGAAGUUGUUGAAACAGUAUCAAGGCAGUGCCAAUGUAUUAGUUAAAAACAGCAUAUGA